AUGGCGGGCGACAUCGAGAUGCUGCACGCGGCGGCGCGCGGUUGGGCGGAGCGUUCGGCGGAGGAGCGCGUGCGAGGGCGGCACGUUUGCGGCGCGAGUUGGGCGUGCAAGCUCGCGCGCGCGUACCUGCCCGCGGCGGACGCGCCGUCGCCGCGCGAGGCGCCGGCGACGCUGCCCAGCAGCCGCGCGGCGCUGGUGGCGCGGCUGUCGACGGCGGUGCCUGCGAGCGCAGUCGACUUUCACAUCUCCAACGUGCUCGACGGAGCGCUGGCACAGCCAGAGGCGAUGUGGCAGUGCUCCUCGUCAGUCACCAACAAGCACUUGUGGGAGCGCGGCGAGCGCGAGACGGCACACGGCCCCGCGGCGACGGCCGGCGCGCAGCUGCGAGCCACGCCGCCGCGGCUGCAGCUGCUCUGGGCGGCACUCUCGCCCGCGUGUGGGCGCUUCGCGGCGGAGCAUGUCCAGCGGCAUGCGCUGGGCCCCUGCCAGCGCUCGGUGGGCCGGGGAUCGGAGUCCGCCGUCGUGAACGCCGCCGCCGGCGGGCGUUGCGAGGUGCGCGCUCACGCGGUUCUGCGCGGCUUGUUCUUGGUGCACGAUUUUGUGACCGAGGAGGAGGAGGCGGCGUUGCUGCAGUGGAUGGAUGGCCAGCAGCCGGGGUGGAGGCUGCGCCACUUCAACGGCCCGGCGCUCGGCAUGCGAUGGGGAGCGACGACGGACCUCCGGCGGCGCUCGGUCACGCUGGGGGCGCCGAUGCCGCCGCCGCUGCUCGCGCUGACCGCCCGGAUGCGCACGCUUCCGGUGCCGUCGCCACUGGCGGGCUUCGAGGCGAACGAGGCGAACGCGCUCAGGUACGUGCGUGCGGAGGGCCAUUUCCUCGGCCCGCACUGCGACGACCGGCAGCUCUCCGGCGACACGCUCGUCAACCUCUCCCUCGCCGGCGAGGCGACGAUGACCUAUGCACACGACCGCGACGGCAGCCGCCCGCCGGUGCGCGUGCGGCUGCCGCGGCGCUCGCUGCAGAUCCAGACGGAGGACGUGCGCUUCAACCACACGCAUGGUAUCGCCGCCGAGGAUUUGCCAGAGCUGCGUGUGUCGGUCACCUUUCGGAGGGCCAAGUUGACCCAGUGAGGGACGGGCCCAGCCAGGUGCCAGCCGCCAGCUGGUGGAGACGUAAGGUAACAUUUCGUAACAGUAUAAGGUACGUCAGUAAU